GAUCGUCCCAUUAUGGGGCUGAGACCCUUCAGUGUGGGGCUGGGGAGUGGAGCCAGGAGUGGGAAUUGGACCCCCAGGAUCGGGGUUUUGGGCUGAUCGGCGUGGGAGCUGGGAGGCCUAGGAAUGGAUGGGACCUGCUCGUCAUCGGGGUUCAAGACUGGGACCCCUCAGUAUGGGGCUGGGGUCCUCUAGUGUGGGGCUGGAAUCCCCUGAGGAUCAAGAUGUGGGGCUGGGGCCCCAGGCUGUGGGGCUGGGAUGCCCAGGGGAUCAAAAUGUGGGGCUGGGGGCCUCCCGGGAUCGGGGUGUGGGUGUGGGACAGGGGUUCCCCCGGAUGUGGGGCUGCGACUUCCCAAUGGGGUUGGAGCCCCUCAAUUUUGGGCUGGGGUCCCCCCAGUAGGGACUGGGUACCACCGUGGUGGCACUGGGGACUCUCAGGGGUCAGGGUGCAGGGUAGGGACCUCCCGUUGUGGCACUGAGGACACCCGGGCUGGGGGUGCCUACUGGCGCCGGCGGAGCCAUCCCUGUCCCCAUCCCGGUGGCAUCGAGCCCGGCGGCGCCUGGCACCGGCCGUGUCACCCGCGCGCUGGCCGGUGCCACCGGGGCCCCGCGGGGGUUGGGGACAUGGAGGGCGGGUGGGGGACCCCGAUUGCAUCAGUGGUGACCCCCCCAUCUCCCGCAGGUGGCCCCGGUGCUCCGAGGCGAUGGCCGACGACCGAGGUACGGCAGUGCCAGCGCUGCAUGUCCCCCGUGUUUCCCCCCCUGGGGUGGGGGAGGCUGGCGCUCACCUGCAGUGUCCCCCCAGAUGUUCGAUUUGUCACCGAGGAGAGCUUCGACUUUGGUGUGCUGUCCCCAUCGGACAGCCAGGAGGAAGAGGAGGAUGAAGAUAGCCCGGGCGGCGGGUGGCGGCACAAGAGCGGCAACGGGCGCUGGAGUCCCCUGCGUGGGGCCCGUCUGGAAGAGAUGGUGCGGGAGGCCACGCGCCUGGCAGCGCAGUUGGAGGGGUGUCACCUGCCCCCUCCCGCCCCUGGAGAACCCCCGGGACCCGCCGCCACACCCCCUGGCACCCCCCGCAGCCCCCGCCGCCAGACCUUCGUGGUGAAGGACAGCCCGGUGCGGGCACUCCUGCCCACCGUGGAGUCGAAGGGACCUGCCCCCAUCCCUCGCCUCCCAGCCAAGCCCCCGGGGGCCUCUGCUGCCACCAGUGUUCCCGAGGCACCCCCCAGCCGUAAUUCCACAGCAGCGGUGAAGGGACCCUCUGGGGCCAGGGGGCUCCCCACCAGCCACGUGGGCCCCUCCCGGCCAUGCCCUCCCCAGGGGCAGUGGACUGGUGCCCGGGGCAGGUCAGAGCCCCCCCGGGGGGGGACAGCAGGUCAGCCGAAGGCAAGGAGGGGUACAGUCCCCUGCCUGCCCUCCAGCCGCCAGCCCCACACCAGGACCACCACCACAUCUGUCCCCUCUGGCUGUUCCCCUGCACCCACUACCCUCCCCAAGGUGUCCCCUCGGACUCCAGCAGUGGGUGGGAGGACCCCCACUCCCAGAGGUGUGGGGGCAGCACGGGCAACCCCCCCAACUGCUGCCUCGGGGUGCAAACCAGGACCCCCCCCUGCCCGCCUGCGGCCCCCACGCAAGACGGCGGUGAGCAGCACGCCGAGGUGACACCCCCAAACCACCCUGCAC